AUGGCGCCUAUCGUUACUGUACCAGUGCCGCCUUUCUUCGAGCCCGGUGCUCCUCCCCGCCUCAUCCCGCAUCUCAUAGUCGAAACCGACAUAGAUGACAUCUCCCCCGACAUGGUUCCUCUCCUCCUACAAGACAUAGAUAUGGCCAAACCUCUCCGUCGAACUGUUCGCGUCGCGACUCCGCCUCCGCGUCGUCGUUCAGUGUCUGUCGGUCCUGCUCGAUCGAGAGCUAGUUCCGUGGCUCCCGUAGAGAACAAUCUGGGUUCUGACGAUGACUCGUCGGCUCUGUCAUCUGUCACAGACGAGGACGAUUCCGGGUCCGACGACGAACAGCAACCCGCAGGCGAGGACGUCGUGAAGAUUCCCAAACCAGCCGGCGAAGUCGGCCGUCCCAAUCGAGGCGGAUACAAGCUGGAGGACGCCUUACAAUGGAACACUGCGCGAAUGCGGGUGUUCAAGAGUUUGAUCCACCAGCUGGUUGACGAACAUCUUGACCCUACGCUCUCGAUGGCGGGCCAGUCGGAAAGGCGAAUGCGCCUAGUACGCGAUGAGGCCAUCAAACGUCUCCCCGAUCUGGCGAUGUACGAUCAGGAAUGGCCCCUCAUCGACGCAGUGAAGCAGCGCCUCAAGUACACAUCCUCGAAGGCCCGCCAGCAUGCCCACGAGGCGGUGUCUCUGACGGCGCAGAAGAAGGCACGCAUGCAGCGUAGAUAA